CAAACACUGAGUGGAAACUCUCACUUGUUUACUUCAACUCUUCAGAAAGCCAUGAAAACCUCAACAUCAAAAGUUAUAGUUAUUGCCAGGUUACUUGGUACUCUGGGGGUUAUUUUUUCUCUGUUGACUUUCUGCACCAAUUGCUGGCUGCUUGCAACCGAAACUUGUACUCAGUCAGAAAAUAUCACAGAAGUGGAUUUCGAACAGAGAGUUCAAAUUGCACUAAAACUGCAGCCAACUCCAAUACUGAAGCAAAUAAAUUACCAGCCACGUAAUCGAAGUGAGCAUGAUGGACCACCUAAAGGACACAUUCAGAGACGGAGUAUUGCUGAAACGAUGAAAAAAAUCAAACAUUUUCCGGGAUCCUACAACCUAUUCAACAAAGCAUCUGGAAAGACGUUUCACUAUGAAGGUUUCUUCUGGAGUUGUACAAUGGAUGUACGGAAUGUUGAGGACAGUUUUUCAACAUACGUGUUUUUUGAACAUGCUCCUUCAAAAAGCUGUAUUGAAGCUUACCAUCUCCCAUUUCCAACAAGACUGAACCUUAACAGCUCAGCUUAUGAGUCUGCUGCUGGUUUUCGUCAUUCAUGGAGUGUGCUGAUUGUGUUGUCUGUAUUCAGUGUUGGAAUUGGAUUUGGACUCAUUGUUUACGAAGCUUUCCAAGGGCGUGACACCUUGUACCUUCAAGGUGGAGGAUUGUUUGUUUUGGCUGUGAAUACUGGACAGCAACUAGAUGUGACAACCUUGAGUCUUUUCCCCUGCACUGAUCCAGAAGCACCAAGAUAUGCCAAAAUAAGGCAGAAAGGGCUCGAACUGGUGGAGGGGUGCCCGAAAUCAGACUCCUCUGUUCCUACGAGGAGAGAAUCCUGGCUUCACAGGAGAAGACUGGGACCAGUCCUGUGGGGAUGGAGAGACAGCUAUGCUGUACCAACCGAGUAA